UCCUUCAAUUAAAGGACCAAAAGUAAGCAUCAGCCCUUUGAAGUUUGAAGUUUGAACCUUCUACACAUUUCUCUGUAUUUCCUACCAACUUGACAGUCAACCCUUUGAAGUUUGAACCUUCCACACAUUUCUCUGUAUUUGAUCUCCACGAAUUGAUCGACAAAGCUGCUUCCCAUGUCCCUAGAAACUGAUGAAAUAAACCAAAUAAACAUCCCCAGACAGAAAAAGAAAUGACACUCCAAAUCCAAAGCCUAUUACUGGUACAAUUACUCUCCAUCCUCAUCCUCUUCCUUCCCACCAUUUUAUUAGCAGUGACCACAAUCUCUCCAGGCUCAACUCUUUAUGCUUCCAACACAAGCCAAAUCUGGUCCUCCCCAAACAACACCUUCUCCUUCGGCUUCAUACCCCUCAACCCCCCCAACUCCCCUUCAUUCCUGGCUGCCAUUGUCUACUCUGGAGGCAUCCCGAUCUGGUCCGCAGGCACCACCCCCGUCGACUCUGCCGCCUACUUUCAGUUCCAUCCCACUGCAGGUGACCUCCGACUCGUCAACGGCUCUGGCCAUACCGUCUGGAACUCCUCCACCGUUGGCCUCGGUGUCUCCUCUGCCUCCCUCGAUGACCAUGGCAACCUUGUCCUCAUGAGGAAUGGAGCCUUCCCAGUCUGGUCUUCAUUCGACCACCCCACCGACACAAUCGUGCCGUGGCAGAAUUUUUCUACCCGAAACUCUUUGCGAAAUGGGUUGUUCUCGUUUGGUCUUCUUGAAUAUGGUAAUAUUACGCUUAAGUGGGAUGAUACUACUGUGUAUUGGAGUCGACGUUCGGGUUCCUCGCAUGGCGAAAAUUUAACUUCCCCGAGUUUGGGAUUAUUGUCUAAUGGAACAUUGUCGGUUUUCGAUCGCUCAAUUCCUGGCAUGGCUAUAAUUGCUUAUAGUAAUGACCAUGAUGAGGGCAGUGAUAUGCUAAGGUUUUUGAGGUUAGAUAAUGAUGGGAACUUGAGGAUUUAUAGUACUGCUAGAGGAAGUGGGACUCUAAUAGUGAGAUGGGUAGCUGUCGAGGAUCAAUGUAGAGUCUUUGGAUACUGUGGGGAUAUGGGGAUAUGCAGUUAUAAUGGUACGAAUCCAAUUUGCACUUGUCCAUCUGAGAAUUUCGAGCAGGUUGAUCCAAAAGAUAGCAGGAAAGGGUGUCAGAGAAAGCUGAAGACUGAAGAUUGUCCAGGGAAUCUGACCAUGCUGGUUAUGGAGCAUACCCUGUUCUUAACAUACCCACCUCAAAGCAUAUUUGCUGUCGAAGGUUCUCAAGUUUUUUUUGUGGGCAUAUCCGCCUGUAAUUCGAAUUGCCUUGUCAAUCCUAUUUGUGAUGCUUCGACAAUAUUGUCGGAUGGGACGGGGAUGUGUUACUAUAAGAUACCGGGUUUUAUAACUGGGUAUUAUAAUCCGGCGCUCCCUAGCACUUCCUAUGUCAAGGUUUGCUCGCCGGCGGUUCAGAACCCAUUGCCUUACGUACAGAAGGUCGUCAGGAAGGGCGACGGUCGAAUGCAGGCUCGGGCAGUGUCUGCUGUGCUUCUAGGUUCGGUCUUAGGUUGGCUUGCCUUGGUGCAUACAUUAUGGUGGUGGUGGAGCAGCACCAAAUUUGGGCGAUUGUCAGGUAAACAUGCUCUUCUCGAAUAUGCAUCUUGUGCUCCAAUCCAGUUCUCGUAUAGGGAACUCCAGCGCUUGACCAAGGGGUUCUCGGAAAAUCUUGGAAGUGGAGGAUUUGGAGCUGUGUACAGAGGAACUCUUGCUAACAGAAUGGUGGUUGCAGUAAAGCGACUUGAAGAAAUGGAGCAGCAGGGAGAGAGACAAUUUAGGAUGCAGGUUGCAACUAUAAGUAGCACCCAUCAUCUAAAUUUGGUGAGAUUGAUUGGUUUUUGCUGUGAAGGGCGCCACAGGCUUUUAGUAUACGAGUUCAUGCAAAACAAGUCUCUGGAUACUUGCCUUUUCCAAACUGGGGAUGAAAAGUUGGAAAGUAAAUUGUUGAGUUGGGAGUCUCGAUUCAACAUUGCUCUUGGCAUUGCGAGGGGAAUCACAUACCUUCACGAUGAGUGUCGAGAUUGCACUGUCCAUUGCAAUAUAAAACCAGAAAACAUUCUCUUGGAUGAGAACUAUACUGCAAAAGUCUCAGACUUUGGUCUUGCAAAGCUAGACCAUCAUAUGCAUAGAACCAUGACAAGCGUCAUAGGCACUAGAGGAUACUUGGCACCAGAAUGGCUGGCAAAUCUUCCAUUAACAACAAAAUCCGAUGUUUAUAGUUUUGGCAUGAUUUUGUUGGAAAUAGUGAGUGGGAGAAGGAACUUUGAAGUAUCUGCAGAAACGAAUUGGAAAAGGUUCUCCUUGUGGGCUUAUGAGGAAUUUGAGAAGGGUAAUGUGAAUGGAGUUUUGGAUAGAAGGUUGCUGGGUAAUCAUCAUCUUGAAAUGGAGGUGGAUAUGGAGGAAGUGGUGAGGGCAAUUCAAGUGAGUUUUUUGUGCAUACAGGAGCAACCUUCGAGGAGGCCAAGGAUAGGGAAAGUGGUACAGAUGCUACAAGGGAUUACGAGGAUUGAUUGGCCGCCUGUCCACUAGGCUAUGAACAUCGUGUAGUGUGAGCAGCACCAACAAUCUCAGCGCUCUGUCUCUAUCAAUUCUUAAUUUGAAGAAUUAUGUGUUAUAAUUGUUAUGAGAUGACCAUCAUUGAGAAUCAAAAGAGAAAAUUAUUGUAUAGCAACAACACCUCAAAGCUAGGUUCCUGGUUCAAGAAAUUGGACAUGCAACAAAAAGAAGAGAAGAGGGAUAAUCCCUCUUUGUAUUUCAGCA